UCACCGGCUCCCUCCGGGUUCCGAUCCUUCCGUGGCGCACCUCUUACAAACCCGCGUCUGCUUCCCCUCCAAGCAGUCAAGCACUCUGCUCCCACCUGCUGUUCACACAUCCGGGUACAGUUCUUGAUUUCUACAGAGGCUCUUGGUCCUGAAUCUUGAUUGCUCCCCGGAUUCAGCGCUUGUCCCUGCUCGGCUCUUGAUUCGGCGACAAUGGGGAACUGUCACAGCGGAGGCAUUGUGAGACCGCGGCGGCUGGGCAGCGCCAACGCGGCGGCGGUGGAGGUGGAGGUGGACAAGGAGAGGGACGAGCCGGGUUCGUACGAGGCGGCGUGCUCCGCGGACCCGGAGCUGCGGACCUUCGACGCGGCGCUGCGCCGGCGCGCGAACCGCGCCAUCUCGGCGGUGGCGUCCGGGGUGGAGGUGCGGUCGCUGUCGCUGGGAUCCCUCCGCGAGGUCACCGGCUGCCUCCUCGACAUGAACCAGGAGGUGGUCCGCGUCGUGCUGGCCAGCAAACGCGACGUGUGGCGGAGCCCCGACCUGUUCGACCUCGUCGAGGGCUACUUCGACGGCAGCCUCCACACGCUUGACUUCCUCGCCGCGCUCGACGCCUCGCUCCGCCGCGCGCGGGACUCCCAGCUCCUCCUCCACCUCGCGCUCCAGCGUCUCCGGGAAGGCGAGGGCGAUGUCCAGGAGCCCAGCGCCGCGCCUGCGGCAGACCGGUACGCGCACGCGCUGGGCGAGCUGCGGCGGUUCAAGGCGGCCAGCGACCCGUUCACGCCCGAGUUCUUCGCCGCGUUCCAGGCCGUGUACCGGGAGCACCUGGCCAUGCUGGGCAAGCUCCGGCAGCGGAAGCGCCGGCUGGACGGCCGGAUCCGCUCGGUCCGCGCGUGGCGCCGCGUGUCCGGCGUCGUGUUCGUGGCCACGUUCGCCGCGCUGCUCGUCUGCUCCGUGGUGGCCGCGGCCAUCGCCGCGCCGCCCGUCGCGACGGCGCUGGCCGCCGCGGCCUCCCUGCCGGUGGGCUCCGUGGGGAAGUGGGUGGACUCGCUCUUGAAGCAGUACCAGGACGCGCUGCACGGGCACAAGGAGGUGGUGAGCGCAAUGCAGGUCGGCACCUUCAUUGCCAUCGAGGAUCUGGACGCCGUCCGGGUGCUCGUAGAUCGGCUGGAGGUUCAAGUCGGCUCCAUGGUUGAUUGCAUAGAGCUGGCAGAAUGCGGCGAGGAGGCUGUGAGGCUUGGCAUUGAGGAGGUCAAGAAGAAGCUGGAGGUGUUCAUGGAGGGCGUGGAUGACCUGGGGGAGCAAGCUGACCGGUGUAGUCGGGACAUCCGGCGUGCUAGGACAGUGGUGUUGCAGAGGAUCAUCAAUCCUCCGAAUUGACAUCUAGGAACAAAAAUGGUAGAUUGAAAGGUAUAUCCGUGUCAGAAGAUAGUUGUACUUUCAUUUGUGUUGUGAUUUUUCUAUGUGAUGGACAUAUGAGAUGAUCUGUGUGGAAAUUUUGGAGCACAUGUAACUGAUAUCA